UCAUCUAUAAGUACAGGCAGCUAGCCUUACUUGCAAACUCAAGAGAAAACGAAAGAAAGUAAGAAAAAUUAAAGAUCAAUGGAUGAUUCUUUUCCUCUCCAUAUCUGCAACAAGAAUGUCCACACGCUUUUUAUUAUCAUAAGCAAGUCUCACGCAUUUGUGCACUGUAUCGCCAUAACUUUCUUGAUUCACUACAGAACAUCCUUUCUCUUUCAUAACCCAAUAGGCAUAGGCAGACUUAUAGUUACUAUACCAUGGCUGCUGGUGUUUUUUUCAGAAAUUCUUCUGUUCUUCGCAUGGCUACUUGGCUUAGCUUAUAGAUGGAGACCAAUUUCUCGAACUGUAUUUCCUGAAAGAUUGCCUGAAGAUGGAAAGCUUCCAGGGAUUGAUGUGUUUAUAUGCACUGCGGAUCCGAACAAAGAGCCAACUAUCGAUGUUAUGAACACAGUUUUAUCAGCUAUGGCAUUGGAUUAUCCUGCCGAGAAGCUUCAUAUUUAUUUAUCAGAUGAUGGCGGUGCUUCUAUAACUUUGCAUGGCAUAAAAGAGGCUUGGCAGUUUGCAAAGUGGUGGCUUCCAUUUUGCAGGAGAUAUGGAAUAAAGACAAGAUGUCCUAAAGCUUACUUUUCAGGUGCUGCUGCUGCUGAAGAUAAUAUCUUCGACAAUACACCUGAGUUCGUAGCUGACAGGUUAAAGAUCAAGGACAAGUAUGAGAAAAUGAAGGAUAAUAUAAUGAAAGCCAGAGAAAAUGGUUGGCUGGAAGAGAUAGGCAAGGAACAUAGUCGGGAUCACUCUGCACUCGUUGAGGUGAUAAAUGAGAUUGAGCAAAAAGACCAUGUUGAGAUGCCCUUACUCGUUUAUGUUUCUCGAGAGAAGAGGCCUUCCUCUCCUCACAAUUUUAAAGCUGGAGCCCUUAACAUCCUUCUUAGGGUGUCCGCUGCAGUAAGCAACUCACCAUACAUACUAGUGCUAGACUGUGACAUGUAUUCCAAUGAUCCAACGUCGGCUAGGCAAGCAAUGUGUUUCCACCUUGAUCCCAAGAUCUCUUCCUCUCUAGCAUUUGUUCAGUUCCCUCAAUUGUUCCAUAAUAUUGGUGCAGAUGAUAUAUAUGACAGUAAAAUCAGAUAUAUUUUCAGGCUGUGUUGGUAUGGCAUGGAUGGACUAGAGGGUCCAUGCAUGUCUGGUACAAACUUUUAUAUCAAGAGAGAGGCAUUAUAUGACAGCAAAAACAUUCAUAAUGGUGGAGAACUGGAGAAACUUAGAAAAUCUUUUGGUACUUCCAAUGAGUUCAUCAAGUCCUUGAAACCAGACUACAAACCGAGUAGCAUGAGAAGGAAAAGAGACUCUUCAUUGUUGCAAGAGAUGGAAGCUUUGGCCUCUUGCACGUAUGAAAAUGACACAGAAUGGGGAAAAGUAGUUGGUUUCAUGUAUGAUUCUGUGGUAGAAGAUUACUUCACAGGAUUCAUCUUGCACUGUAAAGGCUGGAAAUCAGUUUAUCUUAAUCCACUAAGGCCACAAUUUUUGGGCUCUGCAACUACAAAUUUAAAUGAUGUAUUGACUCAAUACACAAGAUGGAUGGCCGGGCUAGUAGGAGUUGGUAUCUCAAAAUUCUGCCCUCUCCUAUAUGGACCGCCAAGAAUGUCUUUUCUUCAAAGCGUGUGCUAUGCAGAACUUGCUCUUUUCUCUCUUUUUCAAUCCUUCUCCCUAUGGUGUUUAGCAACUAUUCCUCAACUGUGUCUACUAUGUGGCAUUCCCUUGUACCCUGAGGUUUCAAAUCCAUUCUUUUUCAUAUUCGUAUUUGUUUUUACGUCUGCCCUUGCUAAACAUCUAUUCGAAGUCGUCUAUAUGGGGCGCGACUCGUUCAAGACUAUGAUAAAUGAACAAAGAAUAUGGACCAUAAGGGCAGUUACAUGCUCUACAUAUGGAAGUUUAGAUGCUAUUUUUAAGACUCUUGGCUUAAGAGAAGCUAGUUUCUUGCCCACCAAUAAAGUGGAGGACGAUGAUCAAGUUAAGAUAUACCAGAUGGGAAAAUUUGAUUUCCAAGCUGCAACAAGGUUUCUUGCUCCAUUGGCUACCCUUGCAAUCUUGAACAUGGUAUCAUUUUCAGUGGGCAUAAUUAGAAUGAUUGUUGCAGGGAGUCUUGAUAAGUAUUUCUUGCAAGUUCUCCUCUCAUUCUACAUCUUGGCCAUCAAUUACCCUAUAAUUGAAGGGAUGAUUAUAAGAAAAGACAAGGGUCGUAUUCCGUUAUCUGUAACUCUGUUAUCUGCUGUGUUCAUAAUGAUUUUAUUAGCUUUGGGAUCUCUUGUACUCUCUCUAUGUAUUAAAUUACUAGAUAGUAAGUCUUGAAGACUUAGUUUGAAAGAACAAAUAUGGAGAAUUAUAUAUCUUAUCUUUUAUUAACUGAGACAAAGUCUGCUUGCAUA